AUGCCUCCUGUCCACUCCAGCCCAUUUCAUCAAAUGGAAAACCCAGCUCUUGCAUCGUUUUUACAGCACACCAGUAAUCGGGAAAAGCGAUCAAAAAGUCGCAGUGGCAGCGGUGGCGGCGGCGGUGGUAUCUUCCGCAUGUUCAAGCUUCUUCCCAUGCUAACCUCCGGUUGCAAGAUGGUGGCACUAUUAGGCCGGCCAAGAAAGCAGCUGCUAACUGAUCACGCAACCACCGGAACCCUAUUUGGUUACCGGAGAGGGAGAGUAAGUUUAGCCAUCCAAGAAGAUCCACACCGUCUCCCAGUCUUUGUGAUUGAGCUUCCGAUGAGCUCAACCGCGUUCCAGAAAGAAAUGGCGUCAGAUAUCGUCAGAUUAUCGCUGGAAAGUGAAACUAAAACUAAUAAGAAGAAGGUGUUGGAGGAAUAUGUGUGGGGAGUUUAUUGUAAUGGAAGGAAAUAUGGGUAUUCGAUACGAAGGACACAAAUGACAGAUGAUGAACUUCAUGUGAUGCAGUCGCUGCGAGGGGUGUCAAUGGGUGCCGGAGUUCUUCCGGGGCUGUCGGGAAAGGAGUGGGCGGUGGACGGCGAGUUGACUUAUAUGAGAGCAAGGUUUGACCGAGUGGUCGGAAGUAAAGAUUCAGAAGCUUUUCAUAUGAUCAAUCCUGAAGGAGCUGCAGAUGGCCAAGAACUCAGCAUUUUCUUUGUAAGAGUACAUUAG